ACUUCACUGUCGUUGAUUCUGGACACUGUCUCGCGUUGCCCGCGUCGUCCUCUCUUCGUGCCGUUCCUGACUUCUCUUAUCUCUGGGCGGACAUUUGCUGUACGAUUGACAAGCAGGGCCGUUUGAUCUGCGAUCGAUACGCUACUCCACUGAUUCCUUCCCCAUAAGGCUGGUAAUCUACGCCUCCGUCCUCCCGUGUCUGGGCAAAUCAACGACUAUUGACAUCAAGACAUUCUUAUCGCUUUUUGUAUAUCCUCGUUGCCCACCACCUCCCUCCUGGAAAACGAAUUGCAGAGCAAAAACGACUAUAGCGCGGUAGCCGGCGCACUGCCAUCAUCGAUCGCCGACCAUGGAUAUGGAAAAGAAGUCUUCUGAGAAGUCAAGACCGGAAGUCGACCAGGCCACGGGCGACGUGGGCGAAGUCUUGAAUGCUUCGGGUCACAAGCAGGAACUGGAGCGCAAUUUCAGCCUGUUGAGCAUUUGCGCAAUUGGUAUCACUACAGGAAAUGUUUGGGCGGCGUUGGGAGGAUCUAUUGUCAUCGCGCUCUACAAUGGCGGCCCGGCAGGUGUCAUUUACGAAUUCAUUGCUGUCGCAUGCUGUUACUUCAUGAUAGCGGCUUGUAUUGCCGAGAUGGCUUCUGCUAUCCCUUCGUCGUCGGGUGUUUACCACUGGGCUAGUGUGACAGCAGGAGCGCGGUUUGGUAAAGUCAUCGGCUUUUACGCAGGAUGGUGGAACGCUCUGGGUUGGAUCUUCGGAACUGCGUCAAUAUCCUCCAUCCUCGCCAACCAGGUCAUCUCCAUGUACGGCCUCUUCCACCCUGGCUAUGCCUUCGAACGCUGGCACGUUUUCAUCGUCUACCUCAUUAUCACUUGGAUCGCCUGCUUCAUUGUCAUGUUUGCCAAUCGCGCCUUACCCAAACUCACAAACAUUGGUCUGUUCUUUAUCCUAAUGGGCGUCUUCAUCACCAUCAUGGUAUGCGCCAUCAUGCCUAGCAGAAGCGGCAAGGGAUAUGCAAGCAACGAGUUUGUGUGGCGCGACUGGCAGAAUCAGGCAGGUUGGAGUAGCGACGGCUUUGUGUUUUGCGCUGGCAUGCUGAACGGGGCUUUCGCUGUGGGGACGCCCGACUGCGUCUCCCAUCUCGCGGAGGAACUCCCCCGCCCCCGAACCAACAUCCCCAAAGCCAUCCUCGCCCAAUACACCGUCGGCUUCAUAACCGCCUUCCUCUACCUCAUAACAAUCUUCUACUCUGUAAACGACCUCGACUCCCUCUUCACAAACCCUUGGCCCUUCCCCCUCGCCGAACUCUACCGCCAAGCUACAAACUCCCACGGCGGCUCCCUUGGCCUCUUACUCGUAAUCUUCAUCCCAACAUUCUGUACAAACAUCGGUUGCUACAUAACCUCCGGCCGCAUGCUAUGGACCCUAGGCCGAGACGACGCAACUCCAUUCCCCCGCUGGGUCGGCAAAAUCGACAAGAAGUGGGAAAACCCGUUCAACGCGACCUUGGCGUGUGGUGUCAUCAACACGAUCCUGGGUUGCAUCUACAUUGGUUCGUCGACUGCCUUCUCCGCCUUUGUCGGCUCCUUCAUCGUGCUGUCGUCAAUGUCGUACCUCGCGUUCAUUCUGCCCAACAUCUUGACUCGCCGCCGCCACGUUAUCAAAGGUCCUUUUACCAUGCCUAACCCGUUGUUUUACACGGUGGCCAGCGUAGCGUGUGGGUACAUGGUUGUAUGGAUACCGAUCUACUGUUUCCCAUUUGCGGUGCCGUUUGAUACUACGACGAUGAAUUAUACGAGUGCGCUUGUGGGGGGCGUGACGAUCUUAUUGGGAGGUUGGUAUGUUUGGAUUAGGAAUAGGGGAUAUGUUGGUCCAAGGCGGCUGGUGGAGACUUUGGGGAAUGGGGAGACGACUAUUGCGGGGACUGAGGGGAGCAUUUCUGGGGAAAAGGUCUGAGGAUAGUUUUGAUGGUUUUUUAAAUGCUUAAUUAACAGAGAGUUUGCCUGUAAGAACAGUUC